CGCUAACAACUUAGCCAGGUAGCUCUAGCGUAUGUGUGUAUGUGCGUGUAUGCGUGCGUGUGUGUGUGUGUGUGUGUACGCGUGUGUGUGUGUACACACGGCGGAGCUACUUUGAGAGGACGUAUACCUUCUUUUAGGGUUUAGCCGGCCUGGUGGUGGACGAUGCCCAGCAAGAAGAAGAAAUACAACGCCAGAUUCCCACCGGCUUUUCUCAUUGCAGGCGAGGAUCAAGAAAAUCAUGCAGACCGAUGAAGAAAUAGGCAAAGUCGCUGCAGCAGUGCCGGUUAUUAUAUCGAGAGCCCUGGAGCUCUUCUUGGAAUCGCUCCUUACAAAAGCCUGUCAGGUCACCCAGUCUCGAAAUGCAAAGACAAUGACGACGUCACACCUAAAGCAGUGUAUUGAACGGGAACAUCAGUUUGACUUCUUGAAAGACCUGGUAGCAGCGGUGCCAGUCAUGCAGGGCGAGGGGGAGGACAACCACACAGAGGGCGGAGACAAAAUCCCACGCAGAGGUCGAAAACCAGGGUCUGGCCGCAAGAAUGGAGGAGCUGGCUCCAAAGCCAAGGACAAGAAACUUUCAGGCACUGAGUCGGAGCAAGAGGACGACACCGAAGACAGUGAGACAGAUGGGGAUGAGGAGGACGGCUCUCAGUCAAGCACAAACCUGCAGCCAGCGUCCAGGUUCCUCAGCCCCGACGCACCACCCCAGUACCCGCACAUGGGCAACAUGGGCGCCGCGACCCCAGCACAGACGGCGGGCGGCAUUGCCACGACCCUGAGCUCCUUCGCCCCUCACCCCUCCAUGAUCGGCGUCACGCCGCCACCCCCUGUGCCCGUGCCGCACAAAGAUGAGGAUGACGACGAAGACUAUGACUCUUAGCUUCUCCCCCUCCCCUCACACACUCUUUUACCUUUUUGAUUUUUUCUCUCUAAAGUUGUUCUUACCGCAGCUGCUCCAAGUAGGGGAGGGAAAGACUCUUUCAUCGCAGCCCACCGACAGAAAAGCCCACGACAAGUUGGCUGUAUGAGACGCAUAGACAAGACCACCACCGCAGAUGAAAAAUAACCGUUUAAAUACUAGGCGUUUUAAUUUUCUUUUCUUGUUUUUUUUUUUCUUUCUUCUUCUUCUUUUUUUUUUUUUAAAGUUCUUAUAUUAAAAUGGGAGACUUGAACUUGGAUGUUUUUUAAGAUUCAGUUGGUCUGAAUUGGACUUUAAAUUAGCAGUCAAAUGUUUUGCCAAGGCCCUCAGCCAGGGUAGGUAUGGUUUGUGUUGCCUUGCCUUUUUUUUUUUUCCUUCUUUUUUUUUUUUUUCUUCCAUUUUCCUCUUGUCUUUUUCAGCUCUGUAUUAGCUAUUGUUUCUUGAAAAGAACAUAUCACUCCUUGUCAGUCAAACCCUCAGGUCAGUUAGCUUAAAUAAGAAUCAUGUAAAUGGUAGUUUAAGCCUUACAGCCUUUGUUAUUGUACAUGCAAAGGCAACUACUAAAGAUAAGUUCAGGGCAACCGUUUUUCUUAAGUAUAUUAAAAGUAAUCAGCACUUGUGUAAGGGAAAGAAAUACUAGGCUAUUGUCUCAUAAAUGUAGUGUUAGUAGUAUGGGUAUGGAAAUGCUGUUGUCGAACCGUGGGCCCUACUUCCAGGCUUCGUCACAAUGUACUGGCAGCCCGAUUGUGAAGGCUAAAACAUAAAUAAAGACGCAGUCGUAUUGUAGUUUUACUAUAAGUUAGUUAACUGCUGCAUUUGGAUCACGUUUCCAUUUUUAAGUCACGUUUUUAAGAAGAACCUAUUCUCCAUAGACCUCCAUGACCUCAGCGCCAAGCCAAACCAUAUCGGCAUGCAAAAAUCCUCCAGAUAUUAUAUUUGCUAUUGUUUUGAACCUGUCACUUACAAAUAACUGCUCUCCGAGUGUAACGAUGUUUUAUAUAUUCUCCACCACCCAUGCAGCUCCCUUGUACUGAAGACAGAGGUGUCUGUGCCGGCUUUACCUGUCAGAAAAGUAAUUUGACUCGGACCAUAACUUUGUUUUUAAAGUUAUCUCUACCCUUCAUCCUGUUCCCACUCCACUAUAACUUGUAUGCUUCUCUCUUUUUGCGGUCCCCCUCCCCAGUACCUUUUCAUUUUUUUUUUCUUCUUUUCAUUUUGAACAAAUUUCUCCUUUGUAUUCGUUGUUUUUUUUUCUCUUUUAGAUUGUUUUACAUGUAUCAAUUUAACAGCGAUAGGGCUCCCAUUUACGUGUCUGUCUGAAUAUUAUGUGUUUCAAAUGGUCAGUUGAAAUUGACACUGUAUUGUAAACUUUUAACAUUCUGUUCAUUUUGUAUGGGGUGAAAUAAAGUUCAGAUUUCAAUUAAAAAAACAACAAAAAAAAAAC